CAAGGCUGUCCUGAUAUUUUUUUGUCCUCUUUCUCUCUCCUCUUCAAAAGUUGAGAAUUUUUUGUCAAAUUCUUCUGUGUGUGGAUGUUUAAGUUCAUCUCAAGAUGAAUUUCAUCUACUUCAAUAAUUAAAUUUAAUUCAGAUUAUCCACGAGAAAAUUGGAAUGAAUGAUCUUCAUUUAUAUAGUGGAUCCACUUGUUCAGUGUUUGACUGAUUAGUGAAUCCAAAACAAGGAUUUUAUUGACGGAGAUCUUGGUUUUGUUGUUAUUUCUUUUGUUUUUGGGAGCUGAUUCUUCUCCAGGAAAUCUGUUUUUUUUUUUUUAUCAGAAAUGCUGGAAUAAUUGUAAUCGCUGAAAAAUCGCGAGUCGAUUGUGCUGUUGUUUGACUAAUGGCGCAGAGUAAUUGGGAAGCAGAUAAGAUGCUGGAUGUUUACAUUCAUGACUAUCUGCUGAAACGAAAGCUGCAUAAUUCUGCAAAAGCUUUCAUGACAGAAGGAAAGGUUGCUACUGAUCCUGUAGCUAUUGAUGCACCUGGAGGAUUUCUUUUUGAAUGGUGGUCUGUGUUUUGGGACAUUUUCAUUGCAAGGACAAAUGAAAAACAUUCCGAGGCAGCAGCAGCAUACAUAGAGACUCAACAAAUGAAAGCAAGAGAGCAUCAGCAUCAACAGCAGUUACAAAUGCAGCAGUUGCAACUCAUGCAACAACGAAAUGCACAGUUACAGCGAAGGGAUCCAAAUCAUUCCCCUCAUGGUGGUCCUAUAAAUGCUAUCAACUCCGAUGGUAUGAUGGGGCAGCCAUCUGCCAGUGUAUUGGCAAUGAAAAUGUACGAGGAACGAAUGAAGCACCCUCAGUCCAUGGACUCGGAAACAUCUUCAGCACUUAUUGAUCCCAAUAGGAUGGCACUUCUAAAGUCAGCAACUAAUCAUCAAGGCCAGUUGGUACAAGGAAAUUCAGGGAACAUGUUGCAGCAAAUACAAGGACGGCCUCAGCUGGCAACUGAUAUUAAAGGGGAAGUGAACUUGGGUGGCACUCACAAGUCUUUGCCCAUGGAUCCUUCAUCAAUUUAUGGGCAAGCGAUUCUUCAGUCAAAGGCUGGUCUUGGUGCAGGGUUGAACCAAGGUGGCACUGGUCUACCAUUGAAGGGUUGGCCUUUAACAGGAAUUGACCAGGUAAGGCCUAGCUUGGGUUUGCAAGUACAAAAACCCAACUUACAGACCCAAAAUCAAUUUCUUUUGGCAUCACAACAACAGCAGGUCCUAGCUCAAGCUCAAGCCCAAGGUAACCUUGGAAACUCACCUAAUUAUGGGUUUGGUGGAUUACCUAGAGGGAACUUUAAUGCCAAAGAUGGUCAGCCCCCAAGAAAUGAUGGAUCCAUUUGCUCUCCAGUACAGUCGAAUUCCCCAAAGAUGAAAAUGUCCCAAAUGCAGCACUCUUCAUCUCAACAACAGGACCAGUUGCAGCAGCAGCAGCAACAACUGCAACAGACCAACAGAAAAAGGAAGCAACAUUCGUCUUCUGGACAUGCUAAUAGUACUGGCACUGGUAACACAGUUGGCCCUUCACCAAGUUCACCACAAUCAACUCAUACCCCAGGUGAUGGGAUGACUAGCAUGUCAAAAGGUUUGAUAAUGUAUGGAGAGGGAACUGGCGGUAUUGCAUCCUCUACAAAUCAGCUGGAUGACUUAGAGCCUUUUGGAGACAUUGAUAAUGUGGAAUCAUUUCUGUCACAAGACGGGGGAGAUGGAAACAUCUAUGGAUCAUUGAAGCAAACUCUUACUGAGCACAAGCCUGAAUCUUCAAAAGGUUUCUCCUUUGGUGAAGUUGGUUGUAUACGGACAAGAAAUAAAGUGACUUGCUGUCAUUUCUCAUCAGAUGGGAAGUUACUUGCUAGUGCUGGACAUGACAAGAAGGCUGUUCUUUGGAACAUGGAUACUCUACAAACAGAGACCACCCCUGAGGAACAUCAGUACUUGAUUACAGAUAUCCGCUUCCGGCCUAAUUCUUCUCAACUUGCAACUGCUUCAUUUGACAAGUCUGUGAGAUUAUGGGACGCAACCAAUCCUAGCUAUUGUUUGCAUGCUUACACGGGACAUAGUUAUCAUGUUAUGUCGUUGGAUUUUCACCCUAAAAAGAACGACCUAUUCUGUUUCUGCGAUAGCAACAAUGAAAUUCGCUAUUGGAGUAUUAGUCCAUUUUCAUGUACUCGGGUGUCCAAGCAAGAAGGAAGCGCGCAAGUGAGGUUUCAACCAAUGACUGGGCGUUUGUUGGCUGCGGCUUCAGAUAAGAUGGUUUCCGUCUUUGAUGUCGAAAAUGACAGGCAAAUUCAUUCUUUCCAGGGGCAUCCUGGAGUGGUGAACUACCUGUGUUGGGAUCUCAACGGUGAGUUACUGGCAUCAGUCAGUGAGGAGUCUGUCAAAGUUUGGUCAUUGGCCACCGGUGACUGCAUUCAUGAGCUAAGUUCUACGGGGAAUCAGUUCCACUCUUGCGUUUUUCAUCCUAGUUAUCCUGCUCUAUUGGUGAUUGGAGGAAUGAGGUCUCUGGAGCUGUGGGACAUGGUUGAGAACAAAAGCAUGACGGUUCCAGCACAUGAGAACAUUAUCGCUGCCCUAGCACAGUCACCGGCGACUGGAAUGGUUGGCUCUGCAAGUCAUGACAGUUCGGUCAAGUUAUGGAAAUAGAGGAGGAUU